AUGUUUUCAAGGCACCUUUCCUCUAAAUCUGGUUAUCAGAUGCUGCAAGUAAUGAGGUUUGCUGUUGAGGAGAUUAAUAACUCCACCACUCUUCUGCCUAAUGUUUCUCUGGGCUAUGAAAUUUUUGACCAUUGUUCUAAUACAAAGAAUUUAAAUUCAGUCUUAAAGUUAAUCUCAAAGAAUGGAUCAAUUAAACCUAAAGAAAAACUCAACAACUAUCAGCCUAAAGUGAUUGCUUUAACAGGACCAUAUGGAAGCUCAAAAACUAUUACUAUCGCACCACUGAUCACAAUGGACCUUAUACCAAUGGUGAAUUAUGGAGCUACUAGCUAUGCAUUAAGCAAUAAACUUCAUUAUCCUUCUUUUGUAAGAACAAUUCCUAGCAACAAAGAUCUGAUAGAGAUGAUUAUUCACAUCAUUCGGUGGUUUGGAUGGAACUGGGUUGCCUUUUUAGGUAGCCAAGAUGAUUACAGUUCAGAUGGACUAAAACUGUUUAACAAGUAUAUAAGCAACACUGGCAUUUGUUUGGCCUAUCAAGAGGGUCUGAGUCUAAAUGCAAACUACAGCCUUGCACUUAAAAAGAUUGAUAUGCUCAACAUCAAUGUUAUUGUGGUGUAUGCUUUGCCACAAUAUGCAAGCAAAAUUAUCAAAGCAGCCAUAGCAAACAACAUCCAAGACAAAGUGUGGAUUGCAAGUCAAGCAUGGUCUAUGAAUCAACAGAUUCCAAGAGAGCCAGGAAUUGAAAAAAUUGGCACAAUCAUUGGCAUUACCGAGAGACUGUUAUCAUUAUCGGGAUUUGAUGAAUUCAUCUAUAAAACCAGAGGAGCACUUGAUGCUGGUCAUAAUGAUAGAGCUGAGAGUGACAUUCAGGGGAAGAGCAAGACAUGUAAUCAAUUUUGUGAUUACUGCUCAUUGUUGACUGCAGAGGAGAUUAUAAAUGAAAAUCCCACAUUCUCGUUUGCCAUCUAUGCUGCCAUAUAUACUAUAGCUCAUGCCUUACAUAAGGUUCUGCAGUGUGACAUCAAUGAAUGUUCUAAAAACACAAUGGCCAAGCCAUACAUGCUUCUGGGAGAGAUAAAGAAGUUAGAUUUUCCACUCAGUGGCCGUCAGGUGAAAUACAAUGACAAUUAUGAUCCAACCAUCAGUUUUGCUGUUGUGGUCUGGCGGACUAAUAUGAAUCCUCCACAGUUUGAGAUGGUGGGAACAUAUGAUACACAUCCAGAAAUUACUUUUACCAUUGAUAACUCUCUUAUGCCCUGGAUUAACAGUGGUUCAGUUCCUUUUUCAAACUGCUCUGUUGAGUGUACAACGGGACAUUCAAGGCAACCUGAAGGUUUUCAUAGUUGCUGUUUUUCUUGUAAAAAAUGCCAACCUAACAGCUAUGUGGAUUUUUCACAGAGUGAAUGGUCUGAUGAGGGCAGCACGACAUGUAAGACACGCUCUGUUGUCUAUCCUCAGUUCACAGAAAUCGCCUCCAUCGCUAUCAUGGUUUCUACCACACUGAACAUUGAAAUCAUUGAGUCUGUUGAUAUAGUUUUAUUUGAUUCCAGUGCAGUCUACAAGGAUGAGCUCUAG